AUGGAUGGUAUUGCUGCAACUAGUGGCGCAGGCGUUUCAUCACUUUUGGCUUUAAAGCUAUCAUCAACUCUCUUGUUCUCUGCAACCGCGGGGAUGAUGGUUAUCGUGAACAAGAUCCAGCCUUCACGACUUGCAAAAGAGCAAUGUAACACAACAAGAUUAUUCAAGCAGCUCCAUAGACAAAUACACACUUUCCUUGCUCUAAGGGCUCCCAGUGAAGACGAUGUGAAAGAAGCAAUGGAGAAAGUUUUGGCGCUUGACCAAGCGUACCCACUUCCCUUGCUAGGUAAAAUGAUAGAGAAGUUCCCUAAAACAUUUAAGCCUGCUGUUUGGUGGCUUUCAAAUCACUCCUCGACAAACAACAAAGUAUAUAAAAGAGAGCAAAGCAACAUGAAUAUGGAGAAAAAUGGAUGGAGUAAAGAUCUUGAAGAGGAAAUGAGAGAAAUUAUUGAAGUGUUGAAGAGGAAAACUGGUUUAUAA